CAACGCUUCGUAAACGUCGUAAUAGUCAUUCCCACUCUCUCCAGAUGUCACUCUGAUUGCGGCUCAAAAUCUAGUGAACUGGUCAGCGCAAAGGCAUCACAGAAGAAUCCUGAAAAUCCGGAUGCUGCCUACAUAGGCGGCUCGUGAGCGUUUGAAACACAGCCAGUGACACCAGCACCACCGCAGCUCCAGCAGCAGCUUUCAUCUGACUCGCAGAGCUCCGGGCGAACCGUCUGACAUCGCAGGGUUGUUCGGUCUGAAAGACAGCAAUCAGCCAUUUUAGCCCCGCGCGUAUACCCAUGCUAAAAGAACAAAGCUUCCAUGUGGCACAAAGGCAAAAGACCGAGAGUUUCAGACAAUAAUAAAAACCUGCUCUUUUAUGUACGCGAGUUCCCUGUUUCCGCGCUGAAUUCUAGUAAGUGCCACAUGCGACGAUUGUAGGAAUGUGGAGCAUGGGAUCACAACAGCCAUUCACCUACAGCUUGGAAUCAUCUUGGGAGAUGACAGAUGGAUGCAUAGGGAGGAUCGAAGCCUGCAAGCCAAGCUCUUAAACUCACCAUGGACCAAGGCUUCAGUUUCAGCACGCUGAAGAAGUUAGCAGCUGAGCCGGAUCACACUGAUGUCACUCUGCCUGCUGUGGAGCGUGUGCGGGCCCUCAGCAAAAUGGGCUAUAACAUAGAAAUUAACGAAGACAUCGCCCCGAGACGCUACUUUCGCUCUGGUGUGGAGAUGGAGCGUAUGGCAGCUGUUUAUCUAGAGGAGGGCAGCCUGGAGAAUGCCUUUGUCCUCUACAACAAGUUCAUCACUUUAUUUGUUGAGAAACUCCCCAGGCACAGGGACUAUCAGCAGUGCAACAUCCCUGAGAAGCUGGUGAUAAUGAAGAAAUUACAGGAAGUGGCUUUUUCACGCAAGGACCAAUUACAGCGACUUCUCCAUGAGAAAUACAGCAAAGAACACGGCGAAUAUCUGAAGAGUCAGACUCAAGCCAUGGCCGUUGACAUGUGUGGUGCACAACUGCAGAAGAUGUCUAUGCUGGAGGAGGAGCGGCAGCGUGUGGCACAGCUCAGGAAGAUGCAGAUCGAGUCUGAGCAGUUCCGUUACUUCGAGGACCAACUGCGUAGACAGGAGCUGGCCAGUCGGAGGUAUGAGGCUGGCCCCAAAGUGCCUGAACAAACUGACGGGUCCUGUUUAUCCCAGACCCCCAGAAACCAUGUGCGCCUUGACCCCAAUCGAACCAAACCAGCAGCCCCUGUUCCCAAACCGGCAGCCACGUUAGCAGCUGUACAAAACUGGGUGCCCGUUGCAGUCACAUUGGAAAACAAACACGUGUGUCUGAGAAUGCUGGGCGAUGUGCACUUAUCCCACGGCUGA